CUGAUGUAAAUGUCCAAAUGGCAAAAAGACGUGAUGAUAAUUCGGUCACUAACAUAAUUGAGAAGCAAGAUUGGCUUUUAGAAAUUAUAUUUUGCCUAAAGUCGAUAUUUACAGUAUACCUUGUUCAGGCUUCGCAUUAUAGACUUGCUUU